AGCCCCGCCCCCCGAGGCGCCUGACGCUGAAGCCUCUUCUCGUCUCCACUCCCGCUGGUCUCCAUUUUCUUUCCCCGCUACUGAGGAGCAAAGGAAAAAAGACUCGGAAAAAAUGAAUGAAGAAUACGACGUUAUCGUGCUGGGCACCGGGCUCACGGAAUGCAUUUUAUCAGGCAUCAUGUCUGUGAAGGGGAAGAAGGUCCUGCACAUGGACCGCAACUCCUACUAUGGAGCUGAGAGCGCGUCCAUCACACCACUUGAAGAUCUCUACAAGCGCUUCAACCUUCCUGGCAGCCCACCUGAUUCAAUGGGAAAAACUCGGGAAUGGAAUGUGGACCUCAUCCCUAAAUUCCUAAUGGCCAAUGGUCAGUUGGUCCGCAUGCUGCUGAUCACACAGGUGACUCGCUACCUGGAAUUCAAAGUGAUUGAGGGCAGCUACGUGUACAACGGGAAUAAAAUCUAUAAGGUCCCCUCUACUGAGACUGAGGCUCUGUCAUCUAGUCUAAUGGGAUUGUUUGAGAAACGACGCUUCCGAAAAUUCCUGAUGUACAUCGCCGCCUUUGACGAGAAGGACCCCAAAACCAUGGAAGGCAUGGACCCCAACAAGUCAACUAUGAGGGACAUUUACAAAAAGUUUGGCCUUGGCCAGGAAGUGAUUGACUUCACUGGCCACUCCCUCGCCCUCUACCGCACAGAUGAAUACCUGGACCAACCUUGCAUCAGCUCAAUACACAGGAUAAAGCUUUACAGUGAGUCUCUGGCCAGAUAUGGCAAGAGCCCAUACCUCUACCCACUGUAUGGUCUGGGAGAACUGCCUCAAGGCUUUGCCAGGUUGAGUGCCAUCUAUGGAGGCACUUAUAUGUUGAACAAGCCCAUUGAAGAGAUUGUGGUGGAAAAUGGGAAGGUGGUGGGAGUCAAGUCUGAGGGAGAGAUCGCCAGGUGCAAACAGCUGAUCUGCGACCCCAGUUACCUCAUCGAGCGCACCAAGAAAGUGGGUCAGGUGAUCCGAGCCAUCUGCAUUUUGAAUCACACCAUCAGCAACACCGGCAACAUCAACUCCUGCCAGAUCAUUAUCCCCCAGAAUCAGGUCAACAGGAAGCACGACAUCUACGUUUGUAUGGUCUCCUUUGCUCACAACGUGGCAGCAAGCGGUAAAUAUAUCGCCAUCAUCAGCACUACAGUGGAGACAGCCGACCCCGAGAAAGAGAUCAAGCCGGCCCUGGACCUACUGGAGCCCAUCGAGCAGAAGUUCGUCAGCGUCAGUGACCAGUAUGAACCAACUGACUUGGGCUCUGAAAGCCAGAUUUUCAUCUCCCGUUCAUAUGAUGCCACAACUCACUUUGAGACCACCUGUGAUGACAUCAAGGACAUCUACCGGAGGAUGACUGGCUCCGAAUUUGACUUUGCCGAGAUGGAGCGCAAGAAGCAGGACAUCUUCGGCGAUGCCGCAGAGUAGAGGCGAUGUGUCUGCAACACUUCUGAUUAUCAAAGACAACGCUGCCGACAACGCAAAUCUUACAAAACAUAGAAAACUUACUCUUAAAUGUACACAUCCAUGGGCUGGCUGAUUAUCAAAGUACAUGGUUUGCCCACUGAGGAAAUUCAUGAUAUAUAGAGAGAUAUGAUAUAGUAUUGUUGGAUAGGGUUCAGGAGAUAUGCUUUGUCAAAUCACAUUAAGAUGGAGGUUUUAACCCAACACUUGCAUUUACACUGCUUCGUCACAUUAAUCGAUAGUCCAAAGAUGCCAAAUAAAAAUAUCAUUCAUAAUCCGUAGUAUCUUAUAAAGUGGGUGUGUCUGAGGGCAAUAUCAUUUUUUCUGUAAUUUUAUAAAAGGUGUUUGGAAGAUUUAUAAAUACUGCACAUAAGUUAUUUUUUUCCCUGCAGGCAUUUCUCCCUUAGGGUGUGAGAAAAGUGGCUUUGUUCUGUGCGUCUGAAUAAAAUCUUGUGGUGUGGUGACGUGGCCCAUCAACAGCAGCCAUCGUUAAUAGUCAGAUUGUCACUGUGAUAUCAAAUGGUUCAGGGGUGUGUGGGCUUGUUAUUGUAUGGUGUCUCUAACCCCCCCCCCCUCCCCCCACAAAAUGUAGUCUAAUCUCCAGCAGAGUGAAACCGUAAACCAAGCCACAAGGUGACGUCGUCCAGCAUAAACUACCUGAACCUGCUUUCAACAGUCAGUUAAUAUAACGCAUAAGUGGAGAUGUAUUAGUUCAUGUAUUAUGCAAAAAAAGAUGGAAUCCCGGAGCUCUAAAUGGAAUUGUGGUGAACUGUAAUUUGCUUAAGAAGGACCAAAUGUGUACUGCAGCAGUAUUGAACUGAUGGGAGCCCUGUGACAUCUUGUCAUCCUGUUUGAAAUAAAAACAUCUUGGGCUCAAAUGAUUUCUGUACUGCAAAGUAAAAAAAAGAAAAACUUUGUCAAAAACCAA